AUGGUUCUCAACUGGGCUCCAGGGGACGCCGAGCGUUCGGGGGCUGUUGCAUCACCUGGUGGGUGCUGCGCUGGUCACCCAUGGACCGGUGACCACCACCACUGUUUCGACCCAGGGGUAUGCCACGCCUCCUCACCUGGUGUAUACCCAGCAUGUUACUACGGUAACACCCUCAGCUGCGGUGCAGGCCCCGAUUACUGGUUUCCCGAGGAGGGUCGUGCCACCGCCGCCCGGGUUCGCCACUCUCGCCUCAGCCCCCGACUUUCGGUGCCCCAAGAGUUCGCCCCUGGACCUUCCACCUGUACCAGGAUGUCACUGAUUGCUGUUCCGCCUCCUGCUGUACCUGACGUUCCUGCCGUGCCUGCCGCUCCUGUCGUGCCUGCUGUGCCUGGACCAGCCCCUGCCGACGUCGUUCCUGCCCGUGGUGUUGCUGCCCCAGUCACGGGUCCUUCUGGACAGGCUUUAUAA